CUGACGUUUGCAUCUGCGUGGAGCGCGCGCGCCACUCUUCACUGCUCCGGCAAAAAGUCAAUGAUGUACAGUAUAGGGCUGUCUGAUAGACAAUCCUCCUGCUUCCUGUAGCAAGCCAGGAGGGUUGGCCACACUAAGAGUUCUCUGUCAACAACAUUAACACGAUGUCUGCUCGCCUCUGACAGCCAAAGGACAACAGUAUAGUCUAGCCUCUAAGCCUCGGCGAUGUUAUGAGAACAUGAAGUGCUUAUGUCAUGCAUGUGUGCUGUACAUGUACACAUGCUACUGUCUGAUCGCAAAAGCUAUAUGAAUAAGUGGACCAUUGAAGACUGCAUCAUCAGUUCGUCACUCGGGCUACAAGUUGUGGAUAGUGAGAGACAUUUCUCCGCCAUUCAUAGAGCAAUUUGCUGAUGGAUUCAACGCAAGGCGAUGUGUGAUCGAUGCUCCGUUAAAAUUACAUCAGAAACAACGGGCUAAACUGCUUCAGAAAUGAAUUCUCUGUUCUUCGGAUAUGAUUUGCCGGUGACAGGCUGUUUACUUUGGCGCACUUCCUCCCUACUCUAGUCAAGAACCCCUUCAUUGUCGAGGGGUGACUUGGGAUUGAUGAGCUGCAGCCUAGGGGAAGGAAUCCCACCAGAUUCUAGAGCGCCAUGGUAGGAGGACCCAUUGAAGACUGACAGGGACCGAGUGAGAGCGACACGGGCCGAUUCACAUCCGACGGAAACCUAUUGAGACCAACACUAGCCGAGUCACGACCGACAGAUACCGAUCGUGACCGGCACUGGCCGAAUCAAGUUCGACGGGUACCGAUCGAGACCGGAGCUUGCCGAUAUAGGUCGGAGCUGCUUUACUCGAGAACACGUACAAACAACCCAUUAACACUAUAAAGUGAAACAAAUAAUGUUUAGUGAUCAGUGCGGAAAAUUUGAGUCUGCUCAUUAGAGGGAAUUGCCAUUGGCUUUUUAGAACAAGAGCGAUGAUGCAUUUCGAAAGAACUCUCUAACGUCAUAACCAUGUAAUGUUCUAAAUUGUUACGUAAUAAUAUACUCCAGAAUGCACAGCAUGCUAGUGUAGCUUUGCUUCAUCCUGAUCAAUGGCCGUCGGGAAGACCACGGUUACGAGCGUGAAGUUCCGAUCUAAGGCCGGAACAUGAUGACUUGAUAAUAACGACAUCGAUAACAAGUUGUCUUCGAGAUGCUACCAACAAACUCGACGCCCGUGGUAUCCACUGCAGGACCUACAACACCGAUCAACCCGAACGCGCAGGAGACAUGGCAGAUUGCCCUUCAGGUUUUGACUGCCGCCAUCAUGUGGCUGAUGGCGGUCUUCGGCAACUGCCUGGUCAUCCUAGUCGUCAAGCGGAGCAGGCGCCUCCAGAGCACCACCAACUACUUCGUGGUGUCACUGGCCCUGGCCGACCUCUUAGUGGCGCUGUUUUGCCUGCCCAUGGUCCUGAUCCGCGUGAUCAGCCAGGAGUGGUUGCUGGGCAACAUGCUCUGCAAAGUUGUUCGGUUCACGCAAUACAUGACGCCUAGCAUGACCGUACUGGUGCUCGUGGGUAUAUGCGUGGAUCGCUUCUACACGAUACUGUACCCACUAAGUUUCAAGAUCACGCGCGGGAAGGCCAAAAAGAUCAUUCUCGUCAGCUGGUUUCUGGCUAUAGUUUUAUCCUGCCCGACUUUCUACUUCUUCGAGGUGAAUCAAAGUUUACCAUACCCUUUCUGCAACACGUACAUCGCGUACUCGCCCGGUGGUAUCAUGUACACGGCCUUUGUCAUGUUCGUGGAGUAUUUACUCCCCCUGUUAAUUGUCUUCGUCAUCUACGCGAGGGUUGUGAGACACAUUUGGCGCGUGGGGAUCAGAGCUGGGCGCGCGCUGCAACGGACCACAAACGCAGUGCCCCGCACCAAAGUGAAGACUGUCAAGAUGUUGAUGAUCGUUUCCACUGUGUACUUCGCGCUGUGGGGCCCGUUCUUCAUUGCACAGCUCUGGUUCGCCGCUAGUGCUGACUACACACCUAUUCCUGAGCUUUACAUCGCAACCGUGUGGAUAGCCUUUGGAUCCAGUGCCUCCAACCCCAUCAUCUACAGUUACUACAACCCGAAUUUCCGGAGGGGUUGCCGCGAGCUGUUCUGCAUGUCCACCAUGAAGUGUUACCGUAGCAACACUUACGCCAUAACAACCUCCACGCGAUUUGCUAAGAGGAAUCACGUGGGCGUGGCGCCCAUGGUCAACUACUCGGCCGAGCGGAUGAGGCCGCCCUCGCCUUACAGGACGUUCGACAGGGACAUGAACGGGGACAAGAAAUUAGCCUGGCCCCUGCCAACCGCUGGCCAGUCAACUUACUUAUGAUCAACGAAUGGUCGUCGGGGGAGAAAAAUGUGCUACUCUCUGUUAGACUGCCUCUCGGGUCGUCCACUCACUUUCGCCUUACGGAAUUCGGGCGAUUCAAAAUGCAGUGCGCCACCAAGAGUUUGCCAUGGAGAGUCAACUUUUCAAGUUUACGGUCGACAAAACA